AUGCCUAUCCGUUGGACCAGUGAGAACGAGCAAAUGCUGCUCAUUAAGUUACUUGAAACCCAUGAGAUUAGUGUGGACACGAAGAAGAUCUCCGAAGCAUGGCCAGCUGAAAAUGAAGGCCGUCCGACUCCUCGCGCUAUCACUGAACGAAUCCAGAAAAUUCGCGCGCUCGCGAAAGCCAAUGCAGCCAAGAAUGGUUCUUCAGCCCCCACAACCCCUGCUUCCCGCAAGCGCGGAGCUGGGGCAGGCUCAAAGUCUAGCACCAAGCGAUCUCGCCCCGGAGCAAAAAUGGAGGGCAUGGGCGGGAAAAAUGGAUCUCCCGGCACUCCAACCCCUGCAAAUCGUGGAGGGCCGGUUAAGAAGGAGAUCGAGGAUGAGAACUUGGUUUCUAACGGGGAGCUGGAAGACGUUUUUGCGCAGAGAGCUUUAAGCAAACGCGUGAGAACCAAUCCUAUUCUCCCCUUAGGAAUGGUUAAAUAUGAAAAAGAUACUGACGAUGAGGAUGGUAUGAAGUAUGAAAGUAGCGUCAGCGAGUUCGCUCCAGCAGAGGGUGACGACAAAGACGAUGAUGACUUCAUGGAUGAACUUGUUAAAGACGAAGCUAUUUAA